CAUCGUUGUCAGUCAUAGAGAGAGUGUCACACAAGAUACACGUAAACUGAUCGCGUAAACAACUCCAGCGAUUGAAGUCAAGGAAAACAAUAUACUAUAUGUACAUUCUAUUAGGAAUCUGUUGGCAUAGGUUUUAACAUAAGUCCUCAGUGUGUCGUUAAAAGUAAAGUAAGAAAAAAUACUUAGUUAGAACGAAAAGUGUAUUUUACAAACAUUUGAAGAAUUUCAGCUUCACAAUUCGUGUAUUUGUGUUAAAGUGUUCAUAUUCAUAUUGGUUGGUUAGAUACUUUUCGUCUGCUUUUGUGUCUUAUUCGUAGAGAAAAGAAUAUCUACAAGAAGAAAAAAUAUUGAAGCAAAAAAAAAAAAACGUUUUCCUCCAUCUCCUAUAAUACUAUAUCAACUGAGACUCACCCCGUCAAAACAUCAAAGAAAUAUCUACACAAUUCUCUCCGUACAGUAAAAUUAGAAAUUGUUGUUUUCAUGAGACACAGUUGAAAAAAUAGUGGAGUGUGUGAGUUAUUUUUUUUUACGCUACUAUAUAAGUAAGGGAGGCAGAGGGCUAAGUGGAGGCUAUAAACAAGAAAAUUUUAAAGUAAAAGUGAUUUUAAAGGUCUCACACAACAGCGAGAAACAAUCCAAUUCAGUAGUGUAAUUAUGUUAUGCACUCGACCAAUUAAUGAAAAUAAAACAACUAUUGCUUUUAGUUUUUGAACAAGAACAUCGAAAGUGCUUGAACUUAAAGUUGGUAACUUCCAGCACAUUUCAGGAUCAACAAGUUCCUUGUGAAAUCUGUGAUCUUCCUGUAGUUAAAUCCUGCUUAGAGGAAUGAGUCCUGAGGACGAUAUUCGAUCGGACACGAGAGUGCCAUCAAUAGAUGCUAUGCCGGGUAUACGUGGUUGGCAACCACUUCCCCAGUCCGAAGACAGUGGUUUAGAUCCAGGCAAAAAGUUUAGUGAUGUCUUAUCCACGUCCCCUCACACAUCACCUUUGAAGAAUGGUCGCAAUGGCAUCACAAAGAACGUGAAUGGUUGCCACACGUGGACUCCACUUUUACCCACUGACGAUCGACUAGCCAAUAAUAAUGAUUGGUCAAAGGGUCCAUCGCAUCAUGCCGCCAACAGUCACCAGCCGAUCCCAAAUAAAGACACCCGAAAUGGUGGUUGGAGAGAGUUACCACAAAAUGAGGAACAGUCCAAUGGAAUGCAUACUGGUCAGGGCAAUAACAAUGGUUCCCUAUUGCUCAAUGGAAAAACUGUGUUCGCGCAACCUAAUAAAAAUGGCCAUACAGACAAAGUGGGUGCAGAGGCAGAUCCUCUAACAGGGCGCCGGCUGACUCCAGACGAUGACACAAGCUGUGGAAUUGGAUCAUGCAAGCCUAAAUGGGCUCGCAGCUUUGCCACUACGCACGUAUUCAUGGUUGUGUUUUUGCUGGCGUGGAUUUUGCAGGGAAUGUACUAUACAUAUUUCGUGAGUGUGAUAACAACAAUUGAGAAGCUGUUCCAGAUUAAAUCCAAGACUACGGGCAUGCUGAUGAGUGCCACAGAAGUAGGUCAAAUCAGCACCGCCCUUUUUCUCACCUAUUACGCCGGUCGAGGACAUCGACCCAGAUGGAUUGCCUGUGGUAUGGUGCUCUUUGCAAUUGCCUCCUUUGGAUGCACACUUCCCCAUUUUAUCUACGGUGAUCAACUUUUACAUGCGAGCAAUGUUUUUAACGGCGGCAGUGGAAAUUCUAGAGUGUAUGAUGGUGCAUCUCAGGGUGUUUCACUAGUCACAAGUUCCGCAACAAGCACCCUUCUCUCCGAGUCAAACCUCAACCUCUGUUUAGCUAGUGAAUUUAACAGCAGCUAUGGGUCUGAUGGAGAUUGUCAGGAUGAUAUCCUAGUAGAGCAGGAGAAUCAUUCACAGCUCACGACGGUGGUGCUGGUCAUAUUCUUCGUAAGUCUUCUGGGUGUGGGUGUUGGUCAAACAGCUGUGUCAACCCUAGGUAUACCCUACAUAGACGACAAUGUGGCCAGUCGUGAAUCACCCAUUUACAUUGCUAUAACAAUCGGCGUGAGAAUCUUAGGACCAGCAGCUGGUUUCAUUUUGGGAUCUUUCUGCACACGCGUGUAUGUGAAUAUAUCAGUGAAUCCUGGAAUUGGACCUUCUGAUCCAAAAUGGGUGGGAGCGUGGUGGCUUGGUCUUGUGCUGGUAUCUUCAUUAAUGGCACUUACAUCACUUGCAAUGUUCUCUUUUCCCAAACAUUUGCGUGGAAACCGAAUACCACCACCUGAAAAAAUGCGAGCCAUCGAGGCUCAAAAGAAGAUGGAGAAACAAGAGGAGGAGUACAAAACGCCACAACUUAAGGACUUUCCUAAAACAAUUAGGCGACAACUUCGUAAUGAUAUCCUCAUGUUUCGUACUGCAUCAUCUGUACUUCAUCUGCUUCCUGUGGCCGGUCUCUACACCUUCCUGCCUAAAUAUAUGGAAUCUCAAUUUCGGUUAACGGCUCACGAUGCGAAUUUGAUCUCAGGUGUUGGUGGUAUCCUAGUAAUGGGCGUAGGAAUUGUGAUCAGUGGAGUGGUGAUUCUCAAAUUUAGUCCAACGGCACGUUCUGUUGCUGCAUGGAUUGCUUUCACAGCAAUGGUUUAUGCUUGCGGUAUGGCAAUUCUCAUGUUUGUAGGUUGCCCAAUGGACGAUCUAGUGGGGUUCAAGCCAGAAAAUCGUGCACCGCUGGCGAAAUUUGAGCCUACAUGUAAUCUCACGUGUCAGUGUGACUUGGAUCGAUUUUCACCCAUUUGUGGCUCAAAUGGUCUAACAUAUUUCUCCUCUUGCCACGCCGGAUGCAACGGAAGUAUUACCGAAAAUGGUCAAAUGACCUUCACGGGUUGCCAGUGCAUUCCACCAAAUCUCGACAGUCCUCAUCUACCAGACGCCGUUAGUGGUUACUGUGAUGGUAACUGCAAAAACUUUUGGCUAUUUAUCUCAUUGUUCUCUUUUUUUGUCUUCAUGCACAGCACAUCUGAAGUAGGCAGUAUGCUACUUAUAAUGCGCUGCACAGAUCCCAAAGAUAAAGCCAUGGCAAUGGGUAUAAUACAAUUUGCUAUUGGCUUAUUUGGAAAUGUACCCUGUCCGAUCAUCUAUGGAGCCGUUGUGGAUUCUGCAUGCCUCGUAUGGGAAACGGUGUGUGGUAAGCCUGGCGCUUGCUCACUUUACAAUAUCACAACUUUCCGGCAUCUUUUUCUCGGAGCCACUGCCGGAAUAAUGGCCCUUGCCUUCCUCAUGGACUUGGUCGUGUGGAAAAAAGCACAUCGAAUUGAUAUCGACCCUGGGUCCAACUCAGAGACUGACCAAGAGAAAUCAACAGUGCCUGAAUCACGUGUUUAAGAAGUUAUUUUUGUUUAUAAAUUUACAAUAGCUACAUAAUAUUGAUAAUAUUGUAUAUAGAUGCAUUGAGUUUCAAAAGAAACUUGCUGAUUUAUGUAGGAAAUAACAUCGAAUAUACGAUGAUUUCUUUUUAAGUCGUCACUAAGCAAAAUACAAUACUAACAAGAAAAAAGGUUUUAGUGAAAGACGAAAUGUGUAGUGAAAUAUAUGAAAAGAUGAAUAAUUGUAAAAUUUUUGAUUUUAGAAUAUUACAAAAUAGUUGUAAAGUUUCUUUUUUUUAUUACUCAGAAUUACAGUAAAUAGGUUUCUCUUGGCUUCUUUUUUUCUAUAGUUUUUUUUUAUUUUAGAUGAGAAAAAAUGUGUUAUUAUUAUUAUUAUAUUAUAAUUUCCUUUACAAGUUUUUCUUAUAUAAUUGCGUGAGUAAAUGAAAAUCUCAAUAAUCAAAAAAAAAACUUCUGACAAUAAAUUAGACAAUUUCUUUAUGUCUUAAACAGGUAUCGUUUUAUAUUGAAAUUUGCUUUUAUUUUAAUCUCUGUGCUAGUCUCAGUGUAUCUAUAAUUUAUACAAAUUUCUCAUUUAAAGAAAAAAAGGGGCAAUGUGUAAUUUUAAAUUGUUUCCGUGAGAAUUACAACAAUACUGUUAAAUAAACAUUUUAUUUUCAAAUUACAUGUUGACAUGUACUCGCAAUUUCUCUCUCUGGAAUAAUGGCCAAGGAAAAUAUUUGAGAUAAAAAAAAUAUUGUGCCAUAUUAUUGAGUAUUUUGUGAAUGAAAUACCUUACAGAAAUGAAAUUAUAUUUUCAAAAUAUGAGAUCCAUAAACUUUCAGCUAGUGAUGAUUUUAUUUUAGUUCUGUUAUAGUCAAUGCUAUAUUUGAAUUUAUGAAAAAAAAAGUCUUACAGUGUAAAUAGGUAUGCUUACAUUUUCCGUCUUUUAUAGAGUAAAUGUAAACUUUUUAUAUAAAAAUCGUUCUAUAUCAAUUUGUAACUGAAUUUUUCUAUUAAAAGUUGAGAUGUAAAAAAAAAAACUUUAAAUUGUCCUCUGAACAAUUCAACCACAAUCCAAAUAACUGCCGAUCUGUUUUGUAAUAAAAGAAGAAUAAUUUAUAAAUAAAGAAAAAUAUUCAUGUUUUAAGGUAAUGAAUAUAACAAAAAUACCAUAAAUUGUGUAUUUUUCAUGCCAGUAACAGAAAUUUUUAAAAAAAAAUAUAUUUCUUUACGAUUGAUGUGUAAUAUUUUUAGUAGUAAUUCUGUUUAUAUUUCAAAUAUUUUGAAGCGAUUUUUUAUACCUCAGUGGAUUUAUAUGAAAUAUAUAUAUUUUUUAAGCUAUAAACUAACCGUAGAUUACCUAUACUGUAAUAGUUCGUCUUGACAAGAGUCAUACAGAUUUGGUUUUUGGCAAGAAUAGAAAAUAAAAAGUUAUUUUCUUUAUUGCUCUUUAUUGCUUGAACUCAAAGAGAGAGAGAGCAUUAUUUAGUAAUAAAAUUAAUGUGAAAGUAACACGCGGAUAAAAAGUAAAGGAAUAAAAAGAAUAUAUCAAUAUA